AUGCCUGAAGCUCAACCAGACACUGGGUCGGAUGAAAUAGAUAUAAUAUCGAGUAGUGAUGAAGCUGAACCUAUUUUCGUACCGCGCGAGAGAGAUCCUAUAGUAAUUCGUGGCGUUGGAACGAUAACAAUGUGAGUUUAAAAGGAAAAUGCAAUUUUCAAUUUUUUUUUUUUCAAGGUUCGGAUUGAAUUCCCGCUUCAAUACUGAAUACCCUCCCGAACUUGCUGGAUACAUAGCGCCAGAAGAAAUUUCUGCAACAUUAAACAGGAUUAAUCGAGUUCUCAAAAGGCACGUUCAAACGUCGAGGUUGGUUUUUUUUUUCCAGAUAUUUUGGAAUGUUAAUCUUGAAGAGAGGAAAACUCAUUUGAAAGCUGUUGUUUAAUUUUUAUUUUCAGUAAAUGGCUGUUGUGUGGGCUAAUGUUCUGCUGUUGCUCCCUAGGCUGCUCCAUGUGGCCAGUAGUCUGCCUCAAUCAGAGAGUUGGUUCAAGUUGAAGGUUGCAACAUUCGUUUACUUUUUCAGACGGUAGCGGCCGUGGAAAAGACUUUGGACCAUGAAAAUGUGACACUUUAUCACAAACUGCACCUUCAUUGGAGCUUGGUCAGGAAAGCGGCAGAACCUAGCGAAAGGCUAACCGAGUACGUUCUCGAAUUGAAAAUUUUGCCUAAAACUGCUUUGAUACUGCCUGAUUAGAACUUCUACAUGUAAUUUUUCUGUGAAUAGGUCAAGUUUGUUCACAAAAAAUUUUUUAUUGUUUGAAGGCGUGAGACAGAGCAAGGUUUUCUAUUCAUUUUUCUAUAAAUUACGCAGUACUGAGCUUUUUUUGGUGUCGCUAUGCGUCUUUGAACGAUAUGGAAAGUUUUUGUCAGUGAACUUCAAACAUUUUCUUAACAUUAUAGCGGUGCGACAAUUCUAGUUUAUUGAUGAAAAUGUUUCUCUAAAUUUUUUGUUGGCCCGAAAAAAAGCUAUUAGUUUUUCUCAUUUUUGUGAUUCUAUCUUUUCAUUUAUUAUUUUUUCUGAAUACCCUUUUCUCAACAGAGCAUAAUAUACUAAAUCUAUGUGCCAAAUAUUUUUAUGCCGCGUUCAAAGUCAUUUAAGCGAAUUCGAAAUUUUUUCUGAAUCCAAAUAAUUUUUUUAUAAAAAAAACUAUUUCGCCAGAACUACUUGUUGCGUAUAACGAUUGUCCGUUCUUUUUUUCUAAAGUGUUAUAGUCUGUUUGAAAUUCUUCUUUCUGGGUUUUUCGAAGGAGCCUAAAAAGAUAUCGAGCCGAAGAGACCUUAUAUAACACUGAUAACGGUUUUUUUUACUUCGAGACUUUUUUGAACCCAGCAAGACUCUACAAAUGCAAGUAAUAGUUUUAUUUAUUCUUUAUUGCUAAUUUUCUAAUGCUGGCAAUUUUCUAUCAGAACGAACCGAAAAGCAGGGCUACUUUUUUCUUGUAUCUUCUUCCAGACUUUUUUUCCGUUUUGAGCUCUUUUUAGUAUCUAUGCUUGUAUCUCUUAUCUCAUGAUAUUCAUUAAUAAUGUAUAUAGUUAUUUUUCCUGUUCUUACUCAACUUUGGGUACCAAAACUCACAUCUUUCACAACCUCUUUGUUCAUUUUGGCAUUUUUCAGUAUUAUUCUGGUUCUAAAGAAACUUUCUUCGAUGGCUUUACCGUAUUAGACAAGAACUUGUUACCUGUGUGCAAGAAAUGUAUAGAAUUGUCAUUUUCCUCGCCCUCAUCAAUAGUCAUACAUGUAAUCCAAUUACAAUAAUUUUUCACUUAUGAGUCAACUUGCAAAUAAAAACUUUUAUUUGGUGAAUCAAUGGAUGUUCCACAUUGUCAGAUGCAAUUUUUAUUACUGGUUUUUUUCGCUUCAGUUCUCACAAUUUUGAUUCAGAUGUCAAAAAACAUCAAGACGCCAACAAAUCAAAAAGUGUUGACGAAUGUCGCCGUCGUGCGAAUGAAGAAGAUGGGCAAAAGAUUCGAGAUUGCUUGUUAUAAGAACAAAGUGGUCAAUUGGAGGAAUAAAACGCACGUUUCUCUUUUUUUGUUCUUAUCUCGGGGGUUAACAUGACGUGGUUUCAAGGGAGAAAGAUAUCGACGAAGUCCUGCAGAGCAACACGGUCUUCGCCAACGUCUCCAAAGGCCAACUCGCCAAACGCGAAGAUUUAGCGGCUGCUUUUGGCUCAGAAGAUCAACUCGAGAUCUGCAAGCUGGUAAUCGACUAUAAUUUUUAGGACUUCUUUUCCCAUUUUUAGAUCCUAGAAAAAGGCGACCUGCAGGUUUCUGACAAGGAACGACAAGCAGCUUCUGAUCAAUCCCUUAAAGAGGUUUCCUUUUUUAAAAUUAAUUUUCGCAGCAGUCUUAUUAAAUUUCGAAAAAGUUUUAUCACAUUAAAGUGAAGACUGUUUUGAGGAGAGGAUUUUGUUUAACUCCCCAAUUUGUUGAGAUUGUGCUUCGUUUCAAUUCUUUUCGUUGUAAACUUUCUCUAGAUUUACUCAGCACGUAUGUCAAAAAAAAACUAAAAAACUUCGAAUCCCUUCAGUAGUCCAGGUUUGACAAAAAUCUUUUUUCGAGCGAGUAUGGGCUUUUGAUGUGAGAGAAUGGAAACGACCUACUUAGUUUUUUGAGCAGACGUUCUUCUUUUCUAGGUUUCGCAGUUGAUCGCGUCGAUGGUAGUGAAUCCGGAAACGAAGCGUCCGAUUCCGCCUUCUGUAAUCGACAAAGCGCUGCAUGAAGUGCAUUUUUCGCUGAAACCCAAUAGAAGUGCCAAGCAACAGGUGAACGAGAAAGAAACGGAAAACAGAGUUGAACAGAGCAUAAUUAGGCUCUCGAAGCUAUCCCCAAACUGCGAGAGACCAUGAAGAUCGAACGCGCCAAGAUGAGGAUUCGCGUCGCGAUGGGAAACAAAGAAGCCAAAGGAGCCCACGUCAAACUGAAGCAACUUUUCAGUGAGGUAGAAGUGGACGACUGGGCUGAGAGCGGCCUCGAACUGGUUCGUCUUAUCUUUCUAGUCCCAGCAGAACACCUUUCUCUCAGAUCGGGCUGAUAGAGCCUGGGAACUUCCGUCUUCUGGACGACUUGGUCAGAAACGAGAGCAAAGGGGCUGGUCGGCUUGAAAUUCUCAGUCUGAAGGAUAUUGUCGAGGGUGAAGUCCAAAUAUCUUGA